CCUGCAAGAAAAAAGGGCAGCGUGGUCAAGGUUUUACGCAAACGCAAUCGUGUGGUUCGCAUCGUCGUUUUGGAUGUUUACGAGGGAUACCGAAUUAGGGCUGCGGUGGGUUCCCCGAGGUCGAAUCGGUUUGUUGAUUUCAACGUAGAUCGUGAACCGAACAGUAUGCAGUAUUUCGAAGAAUUGAUCGAUGAUACGGCUCACUUUACAAAUCGCUCUGUACAAACUUUAUAUACACAAGUCAUCUAUCUUAUCAUUUCAUUAUACGUAUACCUCGGAGACUUUAAAUAAAAAGAAUUUGGAACUGAGGAUAUUCGAGGAUGGUCUACUAGGAAAAGAAGGUUGACCAAGCUGUGAGGUGAUUGGUCGGCUGGAAUCACCAGACUUUCGAGCACAUACACAAUAUUCUACCGCACAACCACCGUUCAGUGGUUGCGUGUGAUAAGGUAUUGAAUAGUCUCAGCAAGCAGCAACGAUGCAGCAAUUUUGCUGAUUGCAAACACGUACGCGGAUUUAAUGGGUUGUGCUAUUUCGAACACAUGACCGAUAAAAAGGAUUUCCUAUGGCUGAUUAAUACUCACACACGUGUAGAACAAGUAUUUGGAAGCGUAGUCAUGAUCCUAACCGAGAGCUACAAUUUUAUAAAUAUACGGGACCACGCGAAGGAAACAACGUGGUGGAAGACCGAGUUUUGUGAUUCGUUGGUUUACGAGACGACGCACCGUUCAUGUACCAAAAAUAAGCGAGACAUCUUGCCUUUGCCGGUCUCUCGAGAUUCAGAAGACUUGAAGAUACUAAGAUAGAGGCAAACGUGCAGCCGCUGAUUCAGAUUCACAAGGUAUAGAAAACAAAACGGAAUGAUGGGUUUGCGAUACCUCUUCUGCGGUUAAAUCGUGGUGUAACGUGAAUCUCCAUCUCUCGAACAAUGCGACAGAGAUUCAAUAUCCGUUGGAUCAUUCUCACCAUUUGCUUCCUACUAUGCACCGGCUGCUUGGCUAAAGACGGGUACAUAGUCACGCGAUGGGCAGAGACCUUGGGCGACGAAUUAUGGGAACUUGCAGAAAAGGUGGCGCGACCCGAAGAGUUAUUAAGCAAAUACAAAGCGAUGAACACGCGAGUGGAAAAUAAGUCCGGGGAGGAGUUGGUGAACAUAAUCAGCGAGAACGUCGGUAGGAUGCUCCGAAGGAAGAUGGACGCGGUGACCUGCAUCCGGAUGGCGGCUGAGGAACACGCAGAAAACUGGGAGAACGAUGAGGAGGAGGGGAAUUUCACUUACGUGUCCGGAAAAUAUAGUCCAGUGAACAAGGAGUUACCAAAGAUUCCAUCGAAUAUGGAAAAAAACAUCGAUGCUUACAGAAAAAUGCUGCUAACGCCUGAUUCACACUUUUACAAUAUACCAGUAAAUACAAGCUUUUCGUCAGUGCAUAUACCUACAAACGUGUACGACAUGUCACCAGCGGUGAUCGAGGAUAUAAAGAAAACCGAGAUCCUUGACAAUAUCUUCCAACAAAACUACGAGUCAGAUCCGGCUUUGUCUUGGCAAUAUUUCGGCUCUGUCACGGGAAUGUUGAGACAAUAUCCUGCCAUGCAGUGGAAGAUGGAUCCUACGCAGGACGGCAAAGGGGGAGAGGAAGAAGAUGAAGAAAAGCCUGACAUUUAUGAUUGCAGAGUACGUAGCUGGUUCAUCGAGGCAGCGACUUGUAGCAAGGACAUGGUAAUACUGAUGGAUACCAGCGGCAGCAUGACGGGCAUGGGAAAGACUAUUGCAAGGACAACAGUGAACGCAAUAUUGGAUACUCUUUCAAAUAAUGAUUUCGUGACUGUAUUGAGCUAUACAAACGUGACAUACGAUGUGGUGCCCUGCUUCAAAGACAUGCUAAUCCAGGCUACUCCAGAAAAUGUGUACACUUUCAAGAAUGCUAUAGCAAAUGUUAAAACAGAAGGACUCGCUAAUCUAACAGAAGCAUUCACUAGAGCUUUCAACCUACUAAGCACAUACAGAGAAACACGCGGGUGUGGUGCAGACACAUCGUGCAAUCAGUUAAUUAUGCUUGUCACGGAUGGUGUUCCUGGAAAUCUGACAGAAGUAUUCAGAACAUGGAACUGGCGAGAUAAUGACACACACAUUCCUGUACGAGUAUUCACAUAUCUUUUGGGAAAAGAAGUUACCAAAGUUCGAGAAAUUCAAUGGAUGGCUUGUCUAAAUCGCGGCUACUAUACGCAUGUUCACACACUAGAAGAAGUUCGGGAACAAGUGCUGAAAUACAUUCCCGUGGUCGCACGACCCAUGGUUCUUCAGGAUGUGGUGCAUCCUGUCGUUUGGACCCAUGCUUAUGCGGACAUUACGAAUCCAGCACUCGCCACUUGGCUGUGGCUGGUGAUGCAGCACAAGGAGCAACAAUCACGGCUUCAGAAACUUCUGAAAGGAAAACGUCUGGGCGUUCGAAUAAAUGAGGACGAUACCUACAUACAGAAGCUCCACAAGAGUGAGGACGUUCGACAGGAUGCAUCUCUAUUGAACACGACAGCUUGGCAGGAGUACAGGCUCCUUACAUCCGUCAGCACGCCAGUGUUCGACCGUAAAGGGAAUCGCAACAAUCGGACAAGAAUAGCGAAUUUACUAGGUGUAGCCGGCACGGAUGUACCAAUUGACGACAUUCGAAAGCUUACAUUGCCAUACAAGCUGGGCGUGAAUGGAUAUGCUUUCAUCGUGUCCAACAACGGAUAUGUGAUACUGCACCCAGAUUUGAGACCCGUUUACAAAGGCACAUUAAAGCGCAAUUACAACAGCAUAGAUCUCACGGAAGUGGAGAUCUUGGACGAUGGUCGUGGCCCAAGGAACCCCGGGCCAGAGGUGCUGGAACUACGAGCCGCGUUGGUGGACCACAAAAAAGGCAGCUUAAAAGGAGUACCCGUGAAAUUGCAUUACGACGACAACCGUCGUGUGUCUCUCGAAAGACGUGACUACUUCUACGCGCCUCUUCCUGGAACGCCCUUUGGCCUUGCGGUCGCUAUACCCAACUAUGGCACAACUUGGAUCAAGGUUGGAGACGAAAUCCGGAGGAACCAGAACUUGAAGGUGAAUAUCUCCGACUUCUUUAUGGGCAACAACUGGCGAGUACACCCCGGUUGGGUAUACUGUCGCUUUCACUAUUUAGAGGGUCACGAAUUCAACAGUCCCGAACAAGAGUUGAGACACUUCCUGGACCUGUUAAAUAAGCCUGGCUGGCGUUGGUCUGAACAGUACGAAAAUGAAACUGACCAUGUUCCUAACUGUGGUAGACGGACUUUGUCACAGGAUGAUUAUUAUUGUAACAAGGAAUUGAUGCAGCUGUUAGUUUUCGAUGCAAAAGCAACGAAUGCCAGCUUCAAUAGCGAUUUUGUAUUGGAUGAUCCCCGAGCGCGACAGUUAGCAGAAGAUUAUGGAAUUUUUUUAAGAUUCGUCGCCACUCAGAGUGGUUUAACUAGGUGGCAUCAUUUAGAUACAAACAACUUACCCGAAGACGAUGAUGGCAUCGUUUUUGGUGAUCUUCACAGGAGAGCUGUAAACGAACCUUGGUAUAAAGGUGCCAUUUUCCAAAAUAUUUUAGAUCCUAACAGCAUAUCUCUGUCAGUUCCUUGGGAAGCAGGAGUAAAUGCUACAGUAACAGCUUCGAUUGGAAUAUUCCCUAAAGACGACCGCAAAACUGCACCAGCAGCAGUAAUCGGUUUUCAAAUGCCAAUGAAGGAUCUUUAUAAGAAAUUUAUUAAUCUAACUUCCGGCCAAACAAACUCAACCUUGAUAAACUGCGGCAAUUUAUGGAUAGAUUGUUACUUGCUCGAUCAGAAUGGCUUCAUCGUGAUAUCAGAAGCGCACAACGAUACCGGUCAGUUCAUGGGGACACAGGAGGGUGCAGUGAUGAAUUCCAUGGUCGGCCAGGGUCUCUAUGAUCCUGUCGAUAUUUACGAUUAUCAAGCCUGGUGUGAGGAAGUUCGCAUCAGCGGUGCGGCCACCUCUCUGACGGACCCGCUGAUGUACAUCUGGAAACUGUUGCUCUGGUUUCUGUUACGUGUGACGUGGUUCACGACCCAGUUCGUGAACUUGCCAGUCGGUUAUGCCAAAGUCCAUUUCGAUGAAGACGCCCCGGACCCGCCGCCCCCGCCUCGCCCUUGUCUCUAUCAUUAUCCUUGCGACCAGAAAAGGGUACUUUAUAUGAUGAACAACACGAUCGCUGGCCAGGGCAUCACGAAUCAUUCGGAUUAUUGUUCAAGGCCGUUCUAUGCUCGUAGGGUCCCGCAUACAAAUUUAUUAUUGGUGGUCGUCGAUGCUAUGUAUCCAACCUGUUACAAGAGAUUAGAGGUAACACCGGUGACAAUUUCUCCGCUUGAAUACACGAACGGCUCGGAAAGCGCGCCUUGCCAUAAAAUUCCACUAAACGACCUUAAAAGGAGGCGUCUUGAGGGCUGCUUCACGGAGCACCCCUUGGAGUAUGAGAUCGAGGACUGCGGAGGGGCAUCACAACUGACUGUAUCUUUGCUAUUAUUUUCUACCGUUGUAGCUAGAAUCUUAUAUACAUUUAUAUAAUUGUUUAAAACAAGAAGGUUAUGGAUUCGUUUGACGAUAUUGAUUGCCUUGAGUACGAUGCGAAUUACAGUAUAUAAAUGAUAUGAUAAUAGUAACGUUGAUAUUUAUUGUGUCGAACCUUA